CCACCUCUCGGCUAGCGCUCGGAGCAAGCAAGGUUGUGAACUUGUAAGAUGGCCUGGAAAGUCCCUGAUACUGCCAUUGGGAUCGAUCUUGGCACGACCUACUCCUGCGUCGGCGUCUGGCAGAACGGCCGCGUCGAGAUCGUCGCCAACGACCAAGGCAACAGAACCACCCCAUCCUACGUUGCCUUCACCAGCUCCAAGCGCCUCAUCGGGGAUGCGGCCAAGAACCAGGCCGAAAUGAACCCGGCUAACACAAUUUUCGAUUCCAAGCGGCUCAUUGGUAGGAGAUUUACUGAUGCUUCUGUACAGAAUGACAUUAAGCACUGGCCCUUCAAGGUCAUUUCUGGACCUGAAGACAAGCCUAUGAUUGUUGUUAAAUACAAGGGUGUGGAGCAUCAAUUCGCAGCUGAAGAGAUUUCCUCAAUGGUUCUCGUCAAGAUGCGGGAGACUGCUGAAGCCUACCUUGGCAGAACCGUCAAGGAUGCUGUUGUCACUGUUCCUGCUUGCUCCACCGACUUGCAGCGGCAGGCCACCUGGAAUGCAGGAGUGCUUGCUGGUCUUAAUGUAAUACGUAUCAUCCCUGAGCCGACUGCUGCUGCUAUGGCUUAUGGCCUUCACAACAAGGUUAACGAGUGGGGUAAUCGGUUAGAGAAUGCUCUCGUCUUUGACCUUGGAGGUGGUACCUUUGAUGUCUCCCUUGUCUGUAUCGAGUAUCAGAUGUUUGAGGUCGUGGCCACAGCUGGUGACCCUCACCUUGGUGGUGAGGACUUUGACAACCGCAUGGUGAACCACUUUGUCCAAGAGUUUAAGAGAAAGAAGAAGAAGGACAUCAGUGGCAACCCCAGGGCUCUUAGGAGACUGAGGACAGCCUGCGAGAGGGCCAAGAGGGCCCUCUCCUCCACUAAAGAGACCGUCAUUGAGAUCAGUUGUUUGUAUGAGGACAUCGACUUCUACUCAACUAUCACCCGUGCCAGGUUUGAGGAACUCAACAUGGAUCUCUUCAGGAAGUGUAUGGACAUUGUGGAGGACUGCCUCAGUGAUGCUCGCAUGGACAAGAGCUCAGUUCAUGCUGUUGUUCUUAUUGGUGGCUCCUCUAGAAUUCCAAAGAUUCAGCAGCUUCUCCAGGAGCUCUUCAACGGGAAGGAGCUUUAUAAGAGCAUCAACCCUGACGAAGCUGUUGCCUAUGGUGCUGCUUUGCAGGCUGCUAUUAUGACUGGACAGGACCACAAUUCAAUUAACGACCUCCUUUUGUUGGAUGCUACCCCACUUUCUCUUGGUUUGGGGACGAAAGGGGGCGACAUGACAGUGAUGAUUCCAAGGAACACGUGUAUCCCCACCUUGAAGGAGAUAGUCAUAUCUACCGACUAUGACAACCAACCUUGUAUCUGUAUCCAGGUUUACGAGGGUGAAGGGACCAAGACUUGCGAAAAUAACCUGUUGGGCGAGUUUGAGUUCUCCAUUCCUCCAGCAUCCAAAGGCGUUCCACAAAUAAUUGCGGGCUUCGGGAUCGAUACCAACGGUAUCCUGGAAGUCUCUGCCAAGGACGAAACCACUGGCCAGAAGAAGGAGGUCACCAUCAACAAGAGGUUCCAUUUAAAACAAUAAUUAUUUAGUCAGUAAUGAUGGAAUUAAUAUGCAGAUUUUUACAAAAUAUCGUAAACAAUAUCUUGUGGUGCGUCAUAUGUAUCAUCAUAAUAUGCAGAGUACUCAUCAUGUGUAAAACUCUGAAUGCAAGACACUCAACAAGCAUUGUGUUGUGAUUAGAAUAUAAUUAAGAAUGUUAUGAACUUCAAAA